AUGUCAGCACGGAGAAAAGUUGUGGCACGUGAAAACACGAUUAAAAUCGAAAAUGCCCUUCGACAACUGAAGAAUAGACGGGAAAGCGUACCAAACCGCGAUCCAACAAUAUAUAUCGAUGAUGAUGGGCAUAAAUACAAAACCACCUCGCGUAUUAUGAUGGAUGUUGAGCCGCCGACGUUGGAAAAGCCAACUGAUGAGAGAGUUUUUGCGCGUGAGAACCAAACUCCAGACUAUAAGUACCUUAGAGAGCAUUUCAAAAGAGAGGGAAAGUUGAACAAGUCGCAAGUGCUGAAAAUCAUCAACAGGGCGACUGAAAUCUUCACAAAGGAGCCAAACUUGCUGCACGUUCCUCCGCCGGUUACCGUGUGUGGGGACGUGCACGGCCAAUAUUACGAUCUGUUGAAGAUUUUCGAGAUUUCGGGUGAUCCAGACAAGACUUCAUACUUGUUUAUGGGUGAUUACGUUGACCGCGGUUCGAACUCGCUAGAGGUGCUUCUUCUUCUUUAUGCGAUGAAGAUAUGCCACCCUGAGACAUUUUUCAUGCUGCGGGGGAACCACGAGACUCUUCAGAUGACGUCACAUUUCACAUUUAAGACCGAGUGUCUGUUGAAGUACGAUGAGUCCGUUUACAAAGCAGCAUUGAAGUCUUUUGCCGCCCUUCCGAUAGCGGCCAUUAUGAACAAGCAGUUUCUAUGUGUUCACGGAGGAAUGUCGAAGGAUCUUCACACUUUGGACGAUGUUCGGGCUAUCGACCGCUUCCAGGUCGAUGUUCCCUCACAUGGAAUAUUUUGCGACCUCAUGUGGGCCGAUCCGUCGAACGAGUACGAUACGGAGGAUAUUGAGGAUGAGGAUGAGUUCUUCAGCGAGAAUUAUGACCGCGGAUGCUCGUACAUGUUCACAUAUCCAGCGGUUUGCCGUUUUCUAAAGAAAAAUCGGCUUCUCUGCAUGAUUCGGGCCCACCAGGCACAGGAUGCCGGAUACAGGAUGUACAGGAAGACGCUUCCGCAGCAAUUCCCGUCGGUAAUCACGCUUUUUUCCGCUCCAAACUACUGCGGAACUUACGGAAAUAAGGCUGCAGUUCUCAAAUAUGACACUGCAGUGAUGAAUAUUCGACAGUUUGGCUCGCAGCCCGAGCCUUACCACCUCCCGGACUUCAUGAACGUGUUCACGUGGUCAAUACCGUUUGUGGCAGAGCGUGUUUUCGACAUCCUCUACUCUGUGCUCAACAUAUGCACUGAUGAAGAGCUCGAAAAGGGCACCCCGUUGUCUAAAGAACUCACAAAAACAAUCGAGGAUGUCAAGAAAAGCAGGCAUAUUGGCUCAUCUUCCAGGGCAUCGUUACUCUCUGAGUUAACCUCGAAUAACGGAGAUGGUGGAUCGAAAUCGCUCGAUAAAACGGCUUUACGGAACAAAAUACUCGCCAUCGGCCGUGUUUCCAGGAUGUUCAACAUUCUCCGGCAGGAGGCCGAGAAGGUGGAGCAGCUCAGAAACCUUUCUGGAGGCUCUAGUCUCCCUAAAGGUGUUCUUCUUGGCGGUCAGGGUGAGUUGGAUAAGAAAUUGAGCUCUUUUGAAGAAGCACGUUUGGCCGAUCUUUCCAAUGAGGCCAUGCCACCCACUCCCGAGCAACGUGCUAAAGCUGCUUCCAGAAGAUACAGUGAUUUACUCAAAGAGGCGGAAGAACAAGCACCGAAAUGA